UUACAAUAACCCCUUUUCAUAUGUAAAAUGUAUGGUAAAAUUGCUUCUGCAAAUUACCAAGAGGUAAUUUGAUGGCUAGUUAGCGUAGUUAUAUUCCAAUUACUGCAUGAUCCAUGCAAUUGAUUAAUUGGUCGUUAUUAAGACUAACUAUCAAUUUGAUUCCUAGUAAUUACAGAGACGUAUUUGCUAUGCUCCAUUUUGUAAGAUGGUUUGGAGUUUGAAAAAAAUAAUUAGGUACAAAAAAAUUGUUGUGAUACGUAGAAAUAGAUGGACAAUUUACUAUGUGGAAAGUAAGAGCUAGUGCUUGUAAGUAACUGUUUUUUUCUGAUAUUAAGGUUUCCUUGUCUUUUUACACUCCUAUGUGUAAGUACGGCUCUGAAGUGCAAUUUGCAAUAAUUCAAGCAAUGCUUACCAUUGCUUAAGUUACAAAUUGAUUCACAGACUCCUUGAUAGCGGAUGUGGUACCAUCACCACUAUGACUUCCUUUCACGGUCCUUAUACGAAAACGAAAACAACUGAAUUUCUGUCUAAUCUCAACAAGUUCGGCUUCAUUUUAGGCUUACCUAACUUUUGGGUGGAAAAUGUAGACUUGCCAUGGAACUCUACGAAAAUAAUAAAAACCAUCAGUAAAGCCGGCAACAUAACUGUCUUUGUUUUAAUCAUAUCUGAAUAUCUAUCAUUUUUCACUCAAAAGAAUCUGACGGAACAACAAUUUUCGGACUUGAUAUUUUUCAUCAUAUCUCACACUAUUGUGACUGGGUUUCGAGUCCGCGUGGCCUAUCAACGGGACAAAAUAAGAGUAGUGAUGCACAAAUUGGGAAUAGAGCUGAAGGAGGUCUUCAAUGACACUGAGAUCGAAGAGCAAAUGAUAGCAAGAACCAAAUUCUUUUCGCUGGCCCUCAUAAUCAACUGUUUCAUGUCCAUGGUGAUGUAUGGUAUGCAAGCUGUUCUCAGGGUUGUCCGGUCAGGGGUAACAUUUACUACGAUAAUCACAGCGUGGCCCGAUGUUGAAGACGACUCUGUCAUUGGCAAUGUAUUAAGGAGUAUUUUCUACAUAAUUUGGUGGAUAUACCUGUCGCGGGUUUUUUCGGUGUACACUCUGGUCAUAUCUUUGACAAUUUCGGUCAGUCACCAGUUUAAAAACUUAGUCAGCUACUUUAAUAGCCUCAAUCAAACUUUUGAAGACAAAAAUGAUUUCACUCAGGAAGAAAAAGAACAAACAUAUGAAAAUGGUUUCAAAGUUGGGAUUGAGCUUCAUUCUGAAACGUUGAAGUGUUCGAAUCAAGUGCAGACGAUAUGCGCGGACGUGUUCAGCGGACAAAUCAUAUUCAGUCUCAUUCUGCUGACAGUGAUGAUGAUCCAAAUGAUGAACUCUCCUCGCACUCUGACAAACGUAAUGACGCUGGUGAUUACAGGCUUCGUAAUCAUGUUCAGCACCGGCUUCUUCAUGUGGAACGCCGGCGAUAUAACUGUGGAAGCCAACAACCUACCGACAGCUAUGUUCACUUCGGGCUGGGAGAAUUGCUACCAUGGAUCUUCGAUUCGCGUUAGGAAACUGGUCGUCAUUGCCAUCAUGCAAGCACAGCAACCGGUGGUGUUGACUGGACUUCGAGUUAUUCCACUGUCGUAUCAAUCAUACGUGUCGAUCAUCAAAUCAUCAUAUUCUGUAUUUUCAGUAAUGUAUUAAAAACCAGACAAAAUGUU